AUGGCCCUCGAGUACUGCCGCACGCUCAACUUCCACGGCGCGCUGUAUGAAGUGGCCUGCGAGUGCCGCGACGGCGCGCGGAGGGAAGCGAGCGAUUUAGAUGGCGCGCCGAGCUGGAAGCGGGCGCCCGACUGUGUUAAUGACGAGGCGGAGCUCGUGGUAGAUGUGGAGUGCGAGACGGGCGAGCGCUGGACCGGCGCCUUCUCCGCGGACUACAUCGAAAGCCUCACGUCGAAGACGGGCAACUACAAGGCAUUAGGCACCUUCGCGCGGAUGCUCAGCGGCGCUUUGGACGGCACGGCCGACUCCGUCUUCGUUGAUUUGUUGACGGCGCGAGACUUGGAACAACUACGAGCGCGGAAGCGGGGCUCCACCGUCCCCACGGACGCGCCGCUACCCAGUGAUAGACGUUAUCUGAUCGUGACGUAUGCCGCGGAAUUUGAUAGAGUGCACUACCCCUUACCGCUGGACGCCGAGACGCAGCCUUCUAGAGCGUCGCUGGCGAGACAAUUACGGCGGUGCCGCGCGCGGUUACAAGAAAGGCAGCACCAGCCGAAGGGCGACGACGCCGACGUCCCAUGGGCCGAGUGCGCGCGGCGCCUGCGCGCUUCGAGAGCCGAGGCGGAUGCGUUGCGGGAGCGCGUCGCGCAAUUGGAAAGGGCGCCUCGACAACGGUCUUCAUCAAGAUCGGUCAAGGGCCGCGCGGCGGGCGCGUUGAGGGCGGAGAACGCCCGACUAAGGAGGGAGCUCUCGGCGCGUUCUGCUUCUGCGGACGGGCGCGCCGCCGCGCGCCGCGUCGGCGUGGAGUUGGAGGCCGAGCGGAGAAUUACGGCAGCUUUACGGCGCGACCUCGCUUCAUCAAGAGCCGAGUGCCGGCGCUUACGGCGGGCCCGGGACCUGUCGCGCGAGGCGCCGCCGCCGCCGCCUCCCCAAAGGAAGGCCAGCGUGCCGCGCCAGCGCCGCUCAUCGUCGAAGUCCGUCAAACGGACGCCGCCGCCGCCUCCCUCUCAACGGCGCGGCCGGUCGCCGGCGCCGCGCGCGGCGCCGGCGGGCGCCGUCUGGUACGCGCCGCGCGGCCGCUUCGACCCGACGCAGUACCAGCGCGACCGCGAAGCCAGACUGGCGGCGCUCGCGGCACGCCGCGGCGCCUGGGGCUCGCGCUCGCCGUCGUGCGGUUAUUCCAGUGCCGGCUCGCGGCGGUCGGAGCGGUCCUGCGCGUCGCGCCGGUCUACCUCUUCUAGAGCGUCGCGGACGUCGGUCCCGCCGCCGCCGCCGCCCAAGGCCAGCGUACCAAAACGCCGCUCGGCGUCGGGCCGCCGGGGCCCGCGGCCGCCGCGGCCGCCGUCUUCGCAACGGCGUGCGCCGUCCCCCGCUGUACUGGAGGCGCGCGCCGAGGCCGCGGCGGCGCGCGCGGCGGCCGACCGCGCCGUGGCGCCGCCGUCGCCCGCGGAGCCCCGCGUCGAGGAGGCGGCGCCCGACGACCCUCCGGCGGCCGCUCCGCCCGCGCCCAAGGCGCCCGCGCCGCGCGCCGCACCGCCGCCACCCGCGGAGCCGGAGCCGGCCGCAGCGCCGCCGCCGCGCGCCGCCUUCGGCCGCACCGUGCCGCCGCCCGCGGCACCGCAACCGGAGCCGGCACAACCGGAGCCGGCCGCCGCGCCGCCGCCGCCGCCGCGCGCCGCCUUCGGCCGCACCGUAGCGCCGCCGAAGCCGCCGCCGCCGCCCGCUGCACCAGAACCGGAGCCGGCCGCGCCGCCGCCGCCGCGCGCCGCGCCGCCGCCGGCCGCCGAGAGCGUGCCGCGCGAGUACCUCGCGGCGGCCGCCGCGGAGAAGCCGUCGCCGUGCCCCCCGAAAAAGGCCGCGCUCCGGAAGAAGCGCUCCAAGUCGCCGCUGCGCGACCGCAACGCCGAGAACGUCAAGACGGAUGACGUCUGCGACAUCGACAAGCGGCUCAACUCGCUCAAGGCCUUUCUGAGGGAGGCCAAGAGCAAGCCCCUCUGAUUCCAGUAGAAACGCGCCCCUCCCCCACGGCAGC